GCAUUAUGGACUAGUUUUUUGUUUUGUAGGAGUAGUAAUUUCCAAUUGGUGAGUAGGAAUUAGUGGUGGGUAAUGGAUGGACCCCACCCCUUCCUGGAUAUACCUCCUGCCUCAACAUACAAAAGGGUCGCCACGUGGCACUCAUUCUUUCCCAUGGUUUAACUUUAAUAGUAAUAAAAAUGUAGUAAGAAUUAAGUUGAAAUCUACAUGACUGUCUCAGUCUGUAUAUAUAUACACAAUUAUCACAAGUGAUUUGCAGGUAGCUAGCCAUGGCUGAUUAUCAUCAAUUGAUCUUGAAAGAGUCGUUCGAUCCCGACGUGGAGUUGAUCAACAAUCUCUCAGCCUCAGGGCUAUUCCAAAAUCAUGAAGAUUUCAAUUUCCACAACUCAAUUUUACCAACUCAUCAUGAGUUUGAUGAUCAUAAACAAAGGAAUAAGGGGAAAGCCAGCACCCCUGCAGAGAGCACUUGUUCAUAUCAAUCGCAUCAUACUGCCAAUCAGCAGCGGCAGCGGCGUGGAGGAAGAGCAAAGAAAGAAGAAGAAAAAGGAGGUGAAGUGAUUCAUGUAAGAGCCAAGAGAGGCCAAGCCACCGAUAGUCACAGUUUAGCUGAACGAGUUAGAAGAGGAAAAAUUAAUGAGCGAUUACGGUGUUUGCGAGAUAUUGUUCCUGGAUGCUACAAGACGAUGGGCAUGGCAGUGAUGUUGGACGAGAUCAUCAACUACGUGCAGUCGUUGCAAAAUCAAGUGGAGUUUCUAUCGAUGAAGCUGACAGCAGCUAGUUCCUUUUACGACUUCAACUCAGACACAGAUGCCAUCGAGGCAAUGCAGAGAGCAAAUGCAAUUGAAGCAAUCAAGGCUGGGAAUGUAGCAAACCCUUGUGCUCAACUACCCCACAAUUUCGGCUACUAUUCAUGAACAUUAAUUAAUUCCCACUCUCGAAUAAUAUUAUUCUAUUUUUGAAUUUGUAUAAGGCAAAGAAAGGCACUAGUCGAUUGUCUAUUUAUACUUAGAGAUUUGUAUCUCCAUAAUUCUCAAAUCUUGAGAAUUAAUUAACCAUUUAAUUAGUUUGAUCGAGUGCAUGUGUCGCAUUUGUAACAAUAAAUUUUGUAAAAAUAUAUAGGGUUUGUGCUGAUGUAUAAUUGGAUUGUGGUUAUCUUAAUUUGAAUUCGGAAUUUAUCCAUACA